AGUUUGUUUAUCUGAUUAUUUUUUAACUCAACAUAACCUAACCGGCUCUUGUGUUCCUUGUAUACAAAAUAUCAGUGUAAUUUCUAUAUUGUAAAACCUCCAAUAAAAUGUCGAAACCUAAAGAUGACACUCAUGAAGCAAGUACUCCCGCAACUGCCCCUGAAGAAUUUUCAGUGGAAAAAAUACUCGACAAAAGGACACGAAACGGGAAAAUUGAGUAUUUGUUGAAAUGGAAAGGAUACAAUGAAGAAGACAAUACUUGGGAGCCAGAAGAAAACCUGGACUGUCCUGAUUUAAUAGCGGCAUACGAAUCCCAGUUCGAAAUAACAAGUCCUUCAGUUUCUGACGAUGCUGAUAAAUCCAAACGAAAGAAUAUAACGGAAGAUAACCGUGCUAGAGGUUUCGAUCGUGGUCUAGAACCAGAGAAAAUUGUUGGUGCUACGGAUGCAAGUGGUGAACUGAUGUUCCUUAUGAUGUGGAAGAAUUGCAAAGAAGCAGAUUUAGUUCCCGCACAUCAAGUCAAUGUUCGCUGCCCAGAAAUUGUAAUAAAUUAUUAUGAGAAUAAAAAGCAAUGGUAUUGUAAAGAAACUGUAAUAGAACUAGAUUAAAAAUAUAACGUGAACGUUUUUUAAUUAUGAA